CACACCUCUCCUAUCUUUUGGCCAGCCAGUUCCUGGAAUGACUUAACAGCCUUUGUUCUGGCCUGGGCUGCUUUUCCUAGACCUGUGAACCUUGUACUAACCAGCAUGAGCCGCUUGAAUCCUGGAUCUCGAAGUUAAUUUUCUUCCAGUUCCUUCUUCCUCACUUUGGUCCUGUAUCUGGCAACCUCUAUGGUCACACAUGUGAUGCAAUCAUCAUCCGGCCUUUCUCUCAGUUUCCUGAUCUCUAAGACCCAGGCAGCCUAGUGACUUCCUCUAUGCUCAGUCCUGGGCACAGAGAGACUUCUGCACUCACCAGAGAAGGGAAGGCGAGCCUGGGACUUCUCUGGGCCACUUCAGGAACUGUCAGCAAGAAAGUUGCAGGAAUGAGAACACAAAUGAGAAAAUCAAAACUGAGAGCCUUCUAAGAAGCAUGGGGGGAAGGAAGAUGGCAAGAGAUGAGGAAGGCGCCUAUGGCUCAGAGGUCUCCAGGGCCCCGCAGGAGCCCCAACUGAGGCUCAUCCUAGUGGGCAGGACUGGGACCGGCAAGAGUGCCACUGGCAACAGCAUCCUGGGCCAGAAGUGCUUCCUGUCCAGGCUGGGGGCGGUGCCUGUCACCAGAACUUGCACCUUGGGCAGCAGAAAGUGGGCCGGCUGGCAGGUGGAGGUGGUGGACACCCCGGACAUCUUCAGCUCCGAGACCCCGCGGACCGACCCCUGGUGCGUGGAGACAGCCCGCUGCUUCGUGCUGUCGGCUCCCGGGCCGCACGCCCUGCUGCUGGUUACCCAGCUGGGUCGCUUCACCAUGCAAGACAACCAGGCGCUGGACGCGCUGAAACGGGUGUUCGGGAAGCAGGUGAUGGCGCGCACUGUCGUGGUGUUCACGCGCCAGGAGGACCUGGCUGAAGACUCCCUGCAGGAUUAUGUGCGCUGCACGGACAACCGCGCGCUGCGAGAGCUGGUGGCCGAGUGCGGGGGCCGCGUGUGCGCCCUCAACAACCGCGCCACUGGCAGAGAGCGCGAGGCCCAGGCUGAGCAGCUGCUGGGCAUGGUCGCGUGCUUGGUGAGGGAGCACGGGGGCGCGCACUACUCCAAUGAGGUGUACGAGCUGUUGCAGUCCAUGCAGUGCGCUGAACCCCAGGACCAAGUGGCCAAGGUGGCAGAGGUGGUGGCUGCGCGCAUGCAGAGGCGCACCAGGUUGCUAGCUGGGCUGUGGGGAUGGCAGAAAUCCUACUGGAAGGGCUGGAGAAGGGGUUUGACUGUCUUCCUGGGUGUGGCCUUCUUGAUCUACUUGCUCCUCUACAGAAAGGCCUUUGGGGACCAGAAUAACAGAUUAAGUUGGUUCCAGUCCUCAGAGUCAAGUCUUCAAGCUUGUGCAUCGGGUGCUUUGCCCUAUGAGUUAUUGUUGCCCGCCUGGUACUUAAGAAGGAAGACGAGAAAGACGAUCUCUCUCAACUUCCUGACUGAGCUGUUGCUACAUCGCUUGAAGAGAAUGGAACACCUUCAGAAGAGAACAUACGGAACUAUAGUUGAAGGACCAGAAGCCUGCUGUGUACAGGAAUCUAGCUGCCUGAGGAUCCUCCUGGUGGGCAAAUCUGGCUGUGGUAAAAGCGCCACAGGGAACAGCAUCCUCCGAAGACCAGCAUUCGAAUCCAGGCUCAGCGGCCAGUCUGUGACCAGGAUCAGCCAGGCAGAGACAGGCACGUGGGAGGGGAGGAGCAUCCUAGUGGUAGACACGCCCCCCAUCUUUGAGUCAAAGGCCCAGGACCAAGACAUGGACAAGGACAUUGGAGACUGCUACCUGCUGUGUGCCCCAGGACCCCAUGUGUUGUUGCUGGUGACCCAGCUGGGACGCUUCACAGCUGAAGAUGCCAGGGCUGUGAGGAUGGUGAAGGAGGUCUUUGGGGUAGGGGUCANGAAGCACAUGAUCGUCCUCUUCACCCGCAAGGAAGACCUGGCAGAGAAGUCNUUGGAAGAGUUUGUGACCCACACUGACAACCGCCGCCUGCGCAGCCUGGUUCAGGAGUGUGGGAGGAGGUACUGUGCCUUCAACAACAGGGCCUCUGGGGAGGAGCAGCAGGGGCAGCUGGCAGAGCUCAUGGCUCUGGUGAGGAGGCUGGAACAGGAAUGUGAGGGCUCCUUCCACAGCAAUGACCUCUUCCUUCAUGCCGAGGCGCUCGUUAGAGAAGGUUAUGGUGAGCACCAGGAAGCCUAUAGGUGCUACCUGGCCAAGGUGAGGCAGGAGGUGGAGAAGCAGAGGUGGGAGCUGGAGGAGCAGGAGGGUAGCUGGAGAGCUAAAAUGCUUUGCACAGUCAAGUCCUGCUGGAGCUCCCACACUGCAGUCUAUGCUCUUCUUCUAGUGCUUGGCGUGACUCUUCUCACCACUUUCAUUAACUUGUGUAUUAGCAGAUGGGAAUGAGCCUCUUCGGGUGAUUUCUUCCAUCAUCCUUGUCCCCCAAAGUUCCCCAUCUUGUGUCAGGGAACCCCAGUCUUCAAUUAAUUUCACUCUCAUUUGAUUCCCAUGGAUCAGACAUGCCAGGGAAUCUUCUUUUAAAUACUGUUAGA